ACACACACACACUCACACAUACAUUUGCGAGCAGCUAUAGAACGCGCAGAAAUGCGGAAUAACAACAAUAAUUGAGGAGCUAAAAGUACUUAACAAAAAUAAAAAAGAAACAAGAAAACAUAACAACAACCAUCACACAACGCACUCAACUGAAACAAUAUUGUGCAAAAGGAAAACAAGAAUAAAAAAAGCUAAGCAACAAAAACAACCAGCAAAAUGGCGUUCUAAUACAAUUCUAAAGUUUCAUUUCAGCUCUCUUUGCGUCCAUAACGUUUUGUUUCGAUGCUUGGAUGCAAGUCGGAGUCAUUGAAGCCAAGUGGUAGGCGCGUUUAUAAUUAUCUGUGAUUUUGCCAUGGCAGCGGCAACGGCAGCUGCAGCAGCAACAACAACACCAGCACCAGAAGAGGAGGAGACCAAAAAGAAAAGAAAGGAGGAACAUCAGCAACAACACCAACAAAAGCAUCAUGAACAACAAUUACUUGUGGAUACACUGAGUCGACUUUGGAGCCACUAUCUUCAGGCCUCAGAGCACAAUGAUGAGGCGAGUGUCAAGGAACAUUGGCUCUGGCACCUACUUUAUAACUUUCAAUUUGUGGCUGAAGAAUCAUUGCCGGAUAUCUGGUCAAAUAGUCAUUUUAAUCUCAUGCCUGAAGAGUUGUGCUCGUAUCUAUUGGAACAAGUAUAUCAAAUCAUCAGUGCCGCUAAAAGAUCUCAAACUAAUAGCCCAGAACACCAGGACGAAACGGUGGAGGAGAAUAAAUGCAUUAAACAGCUCCGCAAACAGCAUAAUCUAGCCCAGCUCAUCCUCAGCACUCCCAGUGAUUGUAAUAAAAUUCUCGCAUUGCGUACAUAUCUCACCAACAAUUUGGGUCAUCACCUGUUGGCCUUUCUUCUGCGUGUCGACAUCAAGCACAUCGCAUCACAGAUGAGUCUUUGCCAGUUGUGCAUCAAUUUGUUUCCAAACAGCAAAUGGAGUCCAUCGAAUGAACCUUUGCAGCAGUUGACCAGCGUUUCGCAAUUUAUUGCAAACUUUCAUAUCACAACGCAAAAAAGGACAAAACAACGACGGCACCAGCAACCGCAGCAGCAACAGCAUCAAGGACAUCAACAGCCAACGCAUUCAAGUCAAUUAUUGCAAAACAUAUCAGGAAAUAAUGAAGACAUUUUAUACGAUUUUGAUGAGUUUAAGUCGAGCAGCAAAAGCAGCGAUGAAUUGGCCCUACUGCUUAUUCAGCUACUCACCCGUUGCAUUGAUGCCGAACACGAAUCUCAACUUAGUGUAACUGUCCACAAUUUUGCUCUCGGUCAUCUGUGUGCGAGCAGUGGGGAGAGUGAUCAGCAGCAACAGGAUAAUGAAGCAAACGAUGAGAUAAUUAAAUUUGAAUUACUGCAAUUGAUUGGACAUUGUGUGAACAAUUUCUAUGCCCACGAUCAGCAACCGAAUGUCGAUGAUUUCAAUAGCAAUUUUGGUCAACUAUUAUAUGCUAUGGCCGCCAAUCGACAUAGUCCGAUAUUGGCUCACAGUGUGCUCUACAUAAUGUUUGGUACACUUCACAAUUUGGUAGAGAAUGAGAUACGUGAAUUGAAUCAAAUCGAUGCAAAGAAUUUUGAUGCCUGUUUUGAAGUUCUCGAAGAGGCAGCCAAAUCGACUAAUGCCUCGACAUUGAUUUUUCUUCAAAUCUAUAAACUGCUGCUGCGUCUCACAGACAAUCUGUCGCGGCAGGAACAACAGUUGCAGUGCCUAAUGGAGAGCAGCACUUCAAGUGCCUUGCCCAAGCAACAGUUGCGGCAUAAGAGACAACGGCAUAGUCAGUUGCAUUGCACGGGCAGCUCCUUGAGCUGUUAUUUUCAGGGUAAACUCUAUCAGUUGCUGCCAUUGUUGGGCCCAGAGCUUCAGGAGCAUAGUGUGCGAUGUUUAUUACGCACUGGAAGCUGUUGUUGCCACUACAAUACAAAGAACUACAACUCCUGCCUUCAGUUGGCCAUCAAUUUGAGUAAAACGUAUCAGAAAUAUGCCUAUAAAUUUCUACAUUAUAAUUUUCUAAAUACAAUAUUUGUGAAACGUUCACCCCUCGAGUGUCCCAGAUGUGAGGAGAAAGUGAAAUCGGCUGUAUUUCAUUUGGAUCUGCUUGCAAUCUACAAAGAGAACUAUAAGAAACUCUUAAACUCCACGUCCAUGCUGUUGUUCUUGAAGCAUUUGAAGCACAUUGCCUAUUUGCUAUCAUAUGAUCUAGCUAGUGGUAUAUUAGCCGAAGUGGUCCUGCCCAUUUUCCGGCAAUACAAAGAAAUGGUUGAAUGCAAGUGCGAAAUGAAUAGGCAUAACAAAGUGCCACUUUUGCAAUUGCCUAGCAAAUUGGAGAAUUAUCGCGCUCUACAUGAAUGUUUGAGCAUAUUUGUGAUGUAUUUAAGUGAUAUACGUUUGGUGAAAGCUUUUUACAAUGAGGAGAAUAUACGCUAUAUGCAGGAUCUUUUGGCCAUACCCGAAUUACAGCGCGGUGUCUGUGAUCUCAUUAAAGUUGGCAUCGAUAAUAUUGCCUUUCUGGGUGAAAAUGGUCAGGAGCAAAUUGCAUUGAGUCGACGUUUAAUACAAUUGCAAUUAAAUAGCAGUGAUCGGGCUACACAGCUCUUUCAGCUUUUACUGCAAAAAUGCUCGAAAUGUAGUCAAAAUAAAUUCUGGCUAGAUGAUAUACCUGAUCCCAUGCAGCUUGAUGGGCAUAAACCAUCGGAUAUACUAUAUAUAACUGCAUUGCAAUGGACACUCAAUUACGAUUUGCUCAAGACAAGUCAAUUAUUUUAUAAUGAAUUUGCCAAGAUCUAUUCCAUACCCGUCGAAAUGUCUGAUCAUGAAGAUGAUGAUGAUGUUGAUAAUGAGGAUAAGGAACAAUCUCAGCCUCAGCAGCAACAACAACAACAACAACAACAAUUGGAACAAGGGGAGAAAUUAAAACAAGGCGAUAAGACAAUUAUUGAUAUUCUCAAAUUGAACUACAAUGCACUUAGUUGUUUCCUUAUGCUACCCAAAGCCGCAAAUGGUAUGGGAACAACAUCAACCGCAACGGUUGUGCCGAAAGCAACCGAAACCCCAAGCCAAACUGAAGUAUACGCAAUUCAUUCCCCCAUUGCUGCGGAGAUUGUUGGUAUUUCUGGCUCAAGUUCAUUGGAAGGUAUCGUCUCGCAUGUCCAAUCGCCAUUUAAUGCUUUGUCCGUGUCCACAACAACUGCAGCAAGUUCAAACUAUGGCGAUUCCUUAAUGACUUUGGACUAUGCCACAGUUAUAGAUAAUUAUACGGCGGAUGUGACAGCUCCAUCGUUUCUUCAACAUCUGCAGCAUCAGUCAAAUGAUUUGGAUGAGAGCAUUAUACUGUUUGACAUUAGAGGUGUAGGAGGCGGUGGAGGAGGAGGCAGUACCCAAAGCAACGACAAUCCUUCUACAGCAACCACUGUGGAUGAAGCGACCGCUGCUGCCAAUGGCCUAAUCAAUAGGCUAUUCAAUAUUGUUGGUUCACUCUUUGGCAGCUCAACCAAUGUGAGUGCCAGUGGUAGUCCAACAACCACUCCAACCAUAUCUCAACCAGCUGUAAAUAUUGAUGCGGAUUUAUUUUGCCUGUACGAACCCAAUGGGGAGUGCAAGAAAUUGUUGCUAAAACUGUUCGAGUCGACCAUGGCCAUAUGCAUCAAGGGAUUUCAAAAUGAAGAAGUGGAGAAGAUGCAGAAACAUUUGCGUAAACUGAAAGCCAUCAUUUUGGGUCAUGCCUCAAGCAAUUGGCAGGAGCAUGGUGAACAGCAUGCCCGGGAUAAUGCGGUCAUACAGACCCUGCAGACACUCUUGAAGAUAGCCGAACUCUCGAGCACGCACAAUGAGCCGGCUGGCGUAGUGGUUAGUAGCCCCUCGGCUGAAUCCACAAACAAUCCACAACCGAGACCACGUGCUCGUUCCUUUAACAGUGGCAGCGUGGAGCUGCCCAGACAGAUGCAACCAGUUAAAUUGCCUGCAAAGAAUUCAAUGGCCACACCACCGACGCCACGGCGUCGCCCGGCAUCGAGUGAGAUCAAUGUGGGCGAUGCCGAUUACUUCUCCACCCGCGCCUCAUUGAGCUGUGCCGCCGACAGUGAAUUGGAGCUAAGUGAGAAUGAGCAGGAGUUUUAUUUAACUGCCGAUGAGGGCUAUGAAGCGGAUGGCGAAAUAGCCGAGCUAACUGAAUCCGAAUGUGAACUAAAUGCGGGUGCGGGAGGAGGAGGAGGAGGCCCUGGUGCAGGUGGAGGAGCCGGAGGCACUGCUGGAGGAGGGGCGGCCAAUGAGUCGUGGACACCGUUUCAACCCUCUUCCCGCUAUCGCACACACAUUAUGCAUCAGGGAUUAAGUCAGCUAGUGGUCCAAAUGUUAGUGGAACUCUCCCUGUUGUGCAUUAAGCAACCAAAUGGCUGGACAGAGAGUUUAACCCAAUUGGCUAACCGACUUUUUGUCAUUCGAGAUUAUUUGGGUGGUCCAUUGUGCCUGCUACGUGGAUUUGCUCCCAUUCUAAGCUGUAGUGAUCCAAGAUUAAGAGAAUUACAGCAAUCUAUUCUGGAAUUGAUCACCCAUUUAAAUACUCCGGAUGUUUUACAUUGUUAUUACUCCAUACUGGCUAGUAAGCAACCUCCAGUUGAUCUUCUGAUGCGUCACAUGCAUCACAUUUCGGCAGUGUCAUUAAGGAAAUGUCAACCGUGCAUGGAAUUGGAAUUUCCCAUUACCAUUGAUGGCAAGGUGGUGAUCACUUCGAAGGGUCAAGAUCAUCCGGAGCUGAUUGAACGUGUACGUUUGCAGCAUCAGCAGAGUCAGGCCAACACAUUGUUCACUCGGGCAGCCUGCAUAAUGCCAGUGACUCGGACACGGCUCUGGCAACCCGAUGGCUUAACCCUAUCCCUGUGGCUGGAGAUCAGAGGAGGUCAGCAAAUGCAUCGCAGUUGCAUGCAAUUGAACGACGAUGAGACACGUUAUUCUGGCGAGGAUUUGACAAAAUCUCAUCUGGUUUCACUGGGCACCAAUCAGGCUAUGCUUAGCAUCUAUAUAAGCAAUAACAUGCAAUUGGUAUUCGAAAUGGUAAAGCCCAAUGAGCCAUUGCCACCAAUACGCGUGGAGGAGCAUAUAGAUUCCACAGUGGAUACGUCUUCAUUUCUACCUCUGCCUGUGGCAGGGCUGGCCAAUCCUGUGCCAGCUCCAGCAGCCCAGAGUGGUAGCCUGCGUCAGGCCUUGAAACAAACUAAAAUGGCUUUACUCAAUAGUUUUGGCCAGAUGCAUUUGCUAAAUGGCCAUCAUGUGGGCCACCAUCAUCAGGACUCGUGUAGUGGCUAUUUUGUUAGCUCCGCGGUGGUCUUGCAACGUUUACGUUUGUCCCGCCACAAAUGGAUGAACUUGGUGUUCGGUUUGCAACAGCAGGCCGAUUCCUUGGAAAUCUCCAUUUAUGUAGAUGGCCUGGAACAGCAUACCAUGUGCUUGCCAUUUCAAAAUCUACGCCAUGUGACGAAGGCCCAUGAAUACCAAAUGCUUGCCCUGGGCGAGGGUUUGCCCAGCAGCAGUUCCUCUUCAUCGCGUUCCACUUUGGAUAGUUGUUUGGCUCCACGCUAUGCCAUGUCCAAUUUGAUACUGUUUCGACGUCGCCUGAUCGAGCCAUCGCUAAUGAUCAAUUUGACUGCUAUGGGGCCAGAUUUUACCGAAUUUACGCAAUGUCAGGUAGCCAAUUGGAAACCCAAUUAUGGUUAUGUCAAUCUCGGGAAGGUUUCAUCAUCGAACUUCGGCAAUCAUAGCGAAUGCAUGAAGCAGCUACGGCACGCCAGAGUUUUGGUAUACACAGCCCAGCAACCAGAGCUGGUGAUGAGCUAUGAUGUUAGCCAGGAAUUGGACAUGGCCUGCUAUGGCCAGCCCCAUGGACAUAUACUUUAUGGCGAACUGCUGCAGAAUCAGCCUCAAUCCCUGCAAACGGCCACCUCGCUGUGUGGAGGUCUGUCUACACUGCUUUAUCUCUUCGCCAGGAUUGUUGAGUUGAGUGGAAAUGCUGGUACUCAAGCUCUGGCAUUGGACUUAUUGCUGCAAGUUGCCCACUCGGAUGCCCAACUUUAUACGGAAUUCCAGCGUCAGGAUUAUUUGGCUCUUAUUGGCUACGUGGUAAAGUCGGAGAAGUGUUCCAAAGAUGUCCAAUUGCUGCGAAGCAUAGUGAAUACAUCAUGCUCGCAGGCUUUAAUCAGUCGCAAGGGAGAUGCCCUUCAGGUGAAUGACAAUACAACGGUCACUCUGAUCUAUCCCCGUCUCCUGUUGGCCGUUCUCCAGCGCUAUUCUGACUGGCAUCGCUCCGGGGCCAUGCAUUCCGAUGUCUUAGACAUGCUAUUCCGUUGCAUCUUGGCCCUUACACGGGAUAAGCAUCCGCAGCGCGAUUUCAAUAUGGAACAAUUGCAGAAAUCGGGUUUACUGAGCUCACUGCUCAAUCUAUGCAAAGUCUAUGUGAUUGAGUCACCCAGUCCAGUGUACAUUUCACCAUAUGCGGCAGAAUGUUUUGUUCAAAUCCUCUCCGUGUUUGCUGGAUCACCGCCAUCCUCUUCUCUGUUGGAUGAGAUUAUGAAGCUGCUGCUGUUGCUGCAAAAACCAAGCGAAUGUUAUGUGACCCACGAUCGUGGACAUUUCUAUUUUCUGUUAACGCCUCAGCAGCCAAUUAAAGAGCGUUCUCUGGUGGCUACAAAUCUGAGCCGGGUGACAACAUCUUUUCGCCGGCAAGUUCAAGCGUCGCCACCACCAGAAAUCGACGCCGAACGGGCAGAGAGAAUCAAGCGGCUGCGUCGUAUGCAUGCAGGCCAAGGAUCUGGCUAUAGGCGUGCUGUUAACGAGCUGGAGGAACAUCUAGAGCAAACCACCGAUUGCACUAAUCUAAAUAAGCCGGCACUUCGUCUCAUUAGUCCGGUGGAGGCAUCACGUUGGCGUCUAAAAUUCAAGCGUCAUUAUCCUGCCAUAGCACAGAGUCCGAAAAGAAGUCCCUUGAAAAUGACCGACUCUUCUAAUCUCAAUCGCCAAAGUAGCAACAGCAGCAGCAAUUCCUGGCAAAUGAAAUUUAAACGACUCUAUCCAACGAGCAGUAAUCAGAGUGCCAAAUUGAGCCCAUUGAAGAGCGUACGCCGGCGGCUUAUGCAAAAUCAUUUCCAUGCCGGUAAGAUUUGGCAACCCUCUGGCCAUAGUACGCCCAGCUCCGGGCAGAUGUCCGCUCUACCCAAUCGAAAGACCGACUUCUAUGAUCAGAUGGGCAUUCAGCGAUUGCAGCAGCGUCUUCUUAUCUUACUCAAAGAUUUCCUUUGCCUGCUGCCCGACUCGGCUGUGGAUGAAGUGCUUCGUCAUUUCGUUAAAUUAGAAUUUCUUCUUGUCCUUGCCAAUCAACGCAGCUGUGCGGUGCGUCAGGCCAUCAUUCAGCUGCUGGCGGUGCUUACCAAACGAUUAGCCAGUGGUGAAUUGACUGCAGCCAACAAACAACUAUAUCCCCUUCAUCUGGCCAAUCAAAUGAGCAUUCAUCCAUGUGACAUUAGUAUGUUCGAGGCAUGCCUUACCUGGAUAAGUGGCAUACAUGCCAGCCUGGAUGAUAUUCUUGCAUCGAAGGAGACUCUAAAGAUUCGACAACGUUUUGGUUUGCAAUCUUUGAUGGCCAUUGCCAUGACAACUGAACCACAAAAGAUAUUCAAAGCCUUGCUGCGACUCUAUCUACAGAAUCCUGAAGAUCAAGUUGGUCUUAUUGAAGCUGGAUUAUUACAAUGCUCGGUCAAGGCAUUAUUUAAUAUAUAUACUCUGCGUCUGGGACAACCCAAUCAGGAUGAAUCAAUUGUGGAGCUGCUUGGAGGAAUUGGCGAUCGUGCCCUACGUUCGGUUGGUCACAUCAAUUUGGUCUGGGACAUUCUCAAUCUGUUGUCCUUCUACCAGGGCAAACAAUCGCCACCCAUAGUGAGGAAUUUCCGUUCUGUGCAGGCUCUGCUGCAGCUCCAGUGGUUAAAUAUUUUCUUUGAGGCAGGAUCGUUUCGCACGAUUGCUCCCCUGCCCAACUGUACACUCAGUUCUACGGAGAUCAAGACACGCUUGGAGCUACUGAUCGAUAGAUGUACACAGUUCUUUACUGUCUGCUCGGGUCAAUCAUCAAACGGUCCUAGCUAUGUGGCCAGUGCCGCGGAAUUGUCACUCUUUCAUACCCUUGUUUCCUAUUGCAUGAUAUCCAGCAAUAAUCGUUGCAAUAACUUCAUUGCCUGGGGUUUGCAGCCUUCCCGUCCAUUUGAUUUACGGUCUUACAUUGUGAACUCGUUGUGGAAGUCACAACAGGAUGACUUUCAACGUGGCGGCAUCGUCUGUGAUGGCAAGAUGAUCAAGGCUCUGCUGUGGCUGAGUUUGCAGGAAAACGAACGUAUCGAUAACCUUGUAGAAUUGUGCACGAAUUUGGGUAUUAAAGAGGAUGAUACAUCAUGGAAUUUGCUCAACGAACUCGAACGUCUCGAUCAGAAUCGCAGCAAUGCGGCAACUAAACAAAAGACUCUCCUAGAGAAGACUGUCUACAAGUAUGAGCCACUGGUGCAGCAUUGUAUUGAAACCUCCAUGGUAACCACAAGACGCGUGGCCGAGCUGCAGAACUCCGAACGCAAAGCACUUAUGUCCCACAUGAAGGACUACGAUGACACCUAUACAUAUACCAAAUGGCUAGAGAUCAUACGGCGGAUGUCACAUGAGGGAGCUCCUUGGUAUUGUGCCGAACGUACCGAAUGUUCAUGGGAACUGGACGAUACGGAGGGCCCAUCGCGUGUCCAUACACGUUUGCGUCGCUGCCAUCUGGAUAUUGAUAGACGUUUCUUUAUGAACGACUAUUGUCCGGGUCAGGGACAACGUGACGAUCUGGAGCCAUAUGUCCGUCCAUUGGACUAUCUAAUAGCCAGCUAUGAUCAACAAUUGAACAUAUCUUUGAAUUCGCAAAUUCUAUAUAAUUUUGCUGCCAAAUUCCUGCCCGUGGAUGGUGAGAUUGAGGGCGAGAUUAUAAUCACCGAUCUCAAGCUCUAUUUCCUGGCCACAUAUCGGUGUCGUUACUUUAAUGUAAACUGUGAUAUUGCUAAUAUAACCGAAAUCUGGCUAAAACGCUAUCAGCAUCAAGAGACAGCCUUCGAAAUUCUACUCGACACCAAUAAGUCGCUAUUCUUCUCGCUACAAAAUGCUGACGACUGGAAGAUAAUGCGCGAUGUAUUCUGUGAUAAAAUCGUCAGUACACCGGAUCAGGCAAAAAUCUUGGGGAUCACACAGCAAUGGCGUGAAGGUCUACUAACCAAUUGGGAAUAUCUAAUGACAUUGAAUCAAAUAGCCGGACGUACGUACAAUGAUCUCAUGCAAUAUCCGGUAUUCCCAUGGGUUCUGGCCAAUUACUAUUCCGAAUGUUUGGAUUUGCGUGAUAGUUCAAGUUUUCGUAAACUGGGUCGACCCAUUGCCGUGCAAUUGGAGGAGAAUGAGAAGCAUUAUGUUAGCAAUUAUGCGUACAUUGAUAGCGCCAAUACCACAAUGGGCUCAUUGAUACUGAAACCCUAUCACUACAGCUCUCAUUAUUCCAAUUCCGGAACGGUACUCCAUUUUCUGGUGAGGGUUCCGCCCUUUACCAGUUAUUUUCUGCGCUACCAAGAUAAUGACUUUGAUUUACCGGAUCGUACAUUUCACGCUCUGAACACCACUUGGCUAUUGGCCAGUCGGGAUAGUCCCACUGAUGUGAAGGAGCUAAUACCCGAAUUCUUUUGCUUACCGGAAAUGUUUGAGAAUUUUGAACGUUUCAAUUUCGGUUGUCGUCAGAAUGGGGAACGUGUGGAGGAUGUAUCCCUGCCGCCUUGGUGCCAUCGGGACUCACGGCUCUUUGUGCUGAUCCAUCGCCAGGCUCUGGAAUCGGAAAUGGUGCGAAAUCAUUUGCAUAAUUGGAUCGAUUUGAUAUACGGCUACAAACAGAGCGGUGAAAGUGCUAUCGAUGCCAUUAAUGUAUUCCAUCCAGCAACCUACGCUGUUUUUCUGGACUCGGAGAUUAGCGAUCCCAUUGAGCGGGAGGCGGUCAAGACUAUGGUAAAAACAUAUGGUCAGAUGCCAAGGCAGCUAUUUAAAUCAGCUCAUCCGGCCACAAAAGCUUUGGAUUACUCUCUGGUCGAUAAAUCCAUUGUGUCCACAGUAAAGGGUCUGCGUUGGGGUGUCUAUGUGGGUUCACCUCAAUUAAAGGUGCCUACCUUAGGGAAUAUACACAAAAUACCCGGCACGGAGCAUUUGGUUAGCUUCAGCAAUACUAAUGUGGUAUAUGCCCUGCCCAGACGUGCCAGCGUUAUGCAGGGAGCUGAACCGGAUACCUACAAUGUCAUCUCGUGGGGCUACGAUGAUCAUAUCGUAAGGAUUCAGCCGCUAAAUAAGCCACAGGCAAAGCCAAAGAAUCUCCUACAUAAUGGAAGCUUCGAUGACAUUUCCGCCUGCGGUUGCGAUGUUAACUCCAAUCAGCUCUGGUUUGGCCACAAAUCGGGUAGGAUUAGUGUCUACAAGUGUGCAGGUGGCGUGGAUUCUCAGCAGCGCAGCGGCACCAAGAGUCGUCAGAGUUAUGUGCGUGGUUUACGUUUGUCAUACAAUUCAGCCUUUCGCAAAAUAGCCACCAAGAGCAUGGGUGGAGGAGGCGGUGGUGGAGCAGGUGGUAAUGGUUUAGAGUCGUCAGAUGAUGCCAGCAGCAUACAUGCCACCCAUUCAUCCUCCUCAGUAAGCUCUGCAAGUAAUUCAUCUACGUUGGAUGCCCUGCAACGCGAUGGCGCCGAUCUAACCUGGCUCGGUCCAACAUUCCUGGUCCGGCACACUGACGAGAUCACCUGCAUUGCACUCUCUGUGGAAUUCAAGAUCGCUGUAAGCGCUGGCCGUGAUGGCAUUGCAGUCAUCUGGGAUCUCAAUGACUGGAGCUAUGUUAGGACAAUCGCUCGUCCGGCAGAAAUACAUCAGUCACCCAUUACCCAUGUGGCCAUCAGUCCCACUUUGGGUGACAUUGUUACAGUGCAUACAUUGCCACAGCAAACACCAAAUAAUCCCCCAACCAGUCCCACCAAUGUGGAUGCAUUUGCUUCCAAAACAACGCCAAUAACAACAACAACAGCUUUAAAUCAUGCUGAUGAAUGCUUCGAGGUAACCGAAGAGAGUCUAGAUGAUUUUGUCAAUGUGAAUAUCAAUCCGAAUGGGAAAUCGAUACUCCGUCUGCAUUCGGUCAAUGCUCGUUAUGUCCAGCAUUUGGUACACGAGGAUCGUAUUCUAGCCGUUUGCUAUUCAUACAUUAAAGAGGGCGUGGGUGUCAAUGUGAUUGCCACAGCUGUUGAGGGCGGUUGCGUCCGUUUCUGGUCAAGUUGGAAUCUAAGUUUUGUUAGCGAACUAGUCACUGGUAUUUCACCCAUACGAAGCAUCUGCUUUUCCACACAUCAGCAUUUGGUGGUAUUAACACGAGAGUCCUAUAUACAGGUCUGGGAAUCGGAGGGUCUUUAUGGCAAUGCUCCCAAAUUUCCACAGAUUGUCUACAAGUAAAUCUUUUUUUCUUCCUCUUUCUAUCUCUCUCUUUUUCGCUGUAUUCCCCCCUC